UUUAACCCGACCCGACCCGACCCUGAACCCAAACCCAAACCAUAGACCCGGCCCAAGCCCAAUAAAAAGCCCGUUUUCACUUAGACCGCCAACGCCCAAUUCCUAACACACAAACUACCCGAACUAAACUAAACCCAAACGGGCCAAGCCCAAACCAAUAGAAAAAGCCCACCUUUCUCCUACUUCCCAACUCCCCCCAAACCCUCAAACUCCAAGCAUCACCACUGGCUAUAAAUAACCCUAGUUUUUCUCAGAAGCAUUUCAACAAACAACUCACAGGCAUGGCCUUGUAUAAAAAACUCACCUUUUUCUUUCUAGCUUUCUUCUUCUUCUUCUCCUGCUUGCCUUUCAGCCUUUCAAGCUUCAAUCCCAAGUGCGAGCCUGCGCCGCCGAUCAUCCCCGUCGCGGUGUACCCCACCGACGUGGAUCUUAUCCAGUUUGCGUUGAAUUUGGAGUAUAUGGAGACGGAUUGGUUCCUUUUUGGAGCUAAUGGCCGGGGACUUGAUUCUGUAGCGCCGGAGCUGGCAAUGGGUGGUCCGCCGCCGAUUGGCGCGCGCAAGGCCAAGCUGGAUCCGGUGACGCAGAGGAUCAUCGCUGAGUUUGGGUACCAAGAAGUCGGCCAUUUGAGGGCUAUAAAAUCAACGGUUGGAGGGUUCCCAAGGCCACUGAUUGAUCUGAGCAGUCACAAUUUUGCAAAGAUAUUUGAUGAUGCUGUUGGAUUUCAUCUGAACCCUCCAUUUGAUCCAUAUCUAAACAGCAUCAAUUACUUGUUAGCCUCCUACGUCAUACCAUACGUAGGUCUGGUGGGAUACGUGGGUACCAACCCCAACAUUAAUGGAUUCCUCUCUAAACGAUUGCUAGCAGGAUUACUAGGAGUGGAAGCAGGGCAAGAUGCAGUGAUAAGGAGCAUGUUAUAUGAGAAGGCAUUUGAGAAGGUGAAACCAUACAACUACACGGUGGCUGAAUUCACGGUGAAAAUCUCCGAGCUAAGGAACAAGCUCGCAAUGUGUGGGAUGAAAGAUGAAGGUAUUAUUGUGCCACUCGAGCUCGGAGCAGAGCGCCGGACGACGAGCAAUGUUUUAUCGGCCGAUGCCGAUUCAUUGUCGUAUAGUCGGACACAGGCCGAGAUACUUCGCGUGGUGUAUGGUACUGGAGAUGAGCACAAGCCUGGUGGGUUCUUGCCCAAUGGUGGGAAUGGUACCAUUGCCAAGAGCUUCCUCAAAUUCCCUCACCACCAGUGAUCUGAUCAUCUUUCUAUUAUUAUUGUUAUUAUUAUCUUAAACACUUUUCUUCUUCUCAUAAGAAUAGUGACUUGAUUGAAUAAGAGUGUGAUCUGUGAGGUUUCUUUUGUUAUCACAUUAUACGUAAACAUAGUUUUCAGAAAGCAUCAGAGAUGUGUUUGGCUGAAGAAUAAAAGUAUGGGAGUGAAAAAACUCUUGAAUUUUUUUUUUU